CAUCGCAGCUAGCAGCGUACCACUGGACCGAUGAGCAUGGCGGCAGCGGGGGCAGAAGCGAGCUGCGGCAGCGAGGAGGAGGGGCUGACGCUGCUGGGGUUCUGGUCGAGCCCGUACGUGCUCCGCGCGCGGUUGGCGCUGAACCUCAAGGGCAUCCCCUACACGUACGUGGAGGAGGACCCGUUGGGCGACGGGACCAAGAGCGCGCUCCUCCUGGCCUCCAACCCGGCGCACGGCGGGAAGGUGCCGGUGCUGCUCCACCACGGCAGGCCCGUCGCCGAGUCGCUGGUCAUCGCGGAGUACAUCGACGAGGCGUUCCCGGACCGGCGCCCGCGGCUCCUCCCCUCCGCCUCCGACCCGCACAAGCGCGCCGCCGCUCGCUUCUGGGCCGCCUGCGUUGACCAGAAGAUGGUGCCGGCGUGGUCCCCCGUGUUCCGCGGGAGGACGCUGGAGGAGCGGGUGAAGGCGGCCGAGGAGCUGGUGGCCGUGCUGGAGACGUUCGAGGGAGUGCUCGCCGGGGGGAGGAUGGAGUUCUUCGGCGGGGAGAGCGUGGGGCUGCUGGACGUGGCGCUGGGCGGGUUCAUCUGGUGGCUGCGCUCGUCGGAGGCCAUGUGCGGCGUGAAGACCAUCGACCCGGCGAGGACGCCGCUGGUGGCGGCGUGGGCGGAGCGGUUCAGUGCGCUGGACGGUGUGCGGGAGAUCGCGCCGGACGUGCCGAGGCUGGCAGAGUAUCACCUCGCCAAGCGGGCUGGCUUCGGGCUGCCGUUCCUGCCGCUGCACCAGCCGCCGCAGUAGAUUCAGGUCUAACUUCCCCGGCGAACUGUCGCGCUGCAUAUGCUUUCGAGUGCAUCACGAAUUCACGAUAGAUGAGUUCUUCGGUGCAAUGUGACUAGAUUCACCGCGGUAGUAGCUGCGUUCUCGCAUCUGGUUCCUGAAUUUCUGUCGGUAGUGU